UCGCUGUCAGCAGCAACAGUGAAACCUCUCUACAGACUCGCUCCGGAAUUUCUACGUAAAUCAUCUGAGACGCUCGAGAUUUGCGUAUCUACCUGCUCACACUGAGCCUUUGGAUAUUGCUGCCACUUCAAAACGCAUCCGCACACUUCUGUCUCGUGGUGUUUUUUUUUUAUUUUUGAAGUGUGUGAAAACAGCACGAUCGAGACAUCACAAAACUUUAAAGGAAGACUUUUCAACUUUGGAGUUACAUGUAGCAUGUGGUUCUAACACCAGACCAGAAGCGGACUAUUUCUCUGGGAAACUAAGGGGCUUUUUUGUUGUGAAACAUGUUGAGCAAGUGCUCCGUUGUGUUAUUAAACGUGCUUUUUCUGGUGCGGGCGCUCUCGGCUCAUGAUUGCACACCGUGUGAACUCCGGACAUGUCUCGUCAAAGCCCCGCACGGCUGUGACGGUGGCCAGAGCUUGGCUCGGGAUCCCUGCGGAUGUUGUGACCAGUGUGCCCGGCUGGAGUGGGAACCCUGCGGCGGACAGGACUGGGUGCACGGCUACUGCGCCCUGGGACUGACCUGCGCCUCAUUUAACCAAACAGAAGCAGCCACAAUCCCUGAAACUGGAGUAUGUAAAGAGCUCCCUGAUCACCCGGAGGCCGGCCUAGAGGACGAACGCUGUCCUCUGAUGACGGGCUGUGACAGAGCUGGAGGUCAGUGUGUGUGCGAUGCCAGACACUCCUGCUUGGGCUCUUUCACAUACCCAGAUCAAGAAACCUGCAUGAAGGCCAGUAAGUCAGAGGGUCGAAGGCACGAGCAUCGGGAGAGACACAGAGAGAAGUAUGUUGGACCCUCCAACCCGGCCUGCAUGUUCUCUGGGUGUAACCUGACCGCCGAGGGCUGUGUGUGCGAGUCUCAGAGCUGCCACCACCACUUUGCCUACAUCAACCGCAGCCAGUGCCAGGAAGCCGCAGAGGAGCUGAAGUGUGCUGGGGUGACGUGUCCCGGUCUGCAGGUGCCCUCCUGCCCUAAGGGUUCAGUUCUGACCAAGAGUUACACGCCACCUUCUGGUUGUUGCCCCUCCGUACCGCCCAAAUGCACCUGUGAUCUCCACGCCUGCCACAAGCCCCAGUGCCCGAGCGGACAGCGCGCCGUGCCGCUCAGUGAGGCCAGCGGCCAGCCGGGAGACUGCUGUGAUGUCUUUGAGUGCCAGAAAGUUUCUCCAAAGUGUGUCCACAAUGGGAAGGAUUUUUCCGAGGGAGAGGUGUACCGCAUGGACCCCUGCUGGCUGUGUCAGUGCCGGGGAGGAAUAUCCUUCUGCUCCAAGGCAGAGUGCGCUGAGCUGGACUGUGAAAACUUCUACAUUCCUGAGGGCGAGUGUUGCCCUGUCUGCAUAGAUGUGGAAUUAUUCCCGAUGGACAGCACUAAGGCCAGUUGCUGGGUGAAUAACAAGCUGCGGGCGCACGAGGAGCAGUGGAAGGAGGACGACUGCACCUUCUGCCAGUGUGUGGAUGGAGAACCGCAUUGCACUGCUAUGGCCUGCAAACAGAGCUGCCAGUAUCCGGUCAAGAUCCCUGGAGAGUGCUGUCCCUUCUGUGAAGAGCCUUCUUACGAAACAGUUAGCCCCUUGCUAUGCCCUCCCCUGGAAAACUGCUCCCUGUCAGUGAACGACUGCCCCUACGGCUUCCAACAAGACAACAAUGGAUGCCUGCUCUGCCAGUGUCUCAACAAUGAUUCCUGCCCUGACCUGGGAAAAUACUGUUCCCUGCAAUGCCCAAUGGGGUACAAGAGGGACGAUUUUGACUGUGAGGUGUGUGAGUGCACCAUUCCUGUGCCCAAGUGCCGACCCUUGACCUGCACCAAGACCUGCCCCUACGGAUAUGUGAGGAACAAGCAUGGCUGUGAGAUGUGCCGCUGUGUUAAGUGUCCCCCCUUCACCUGUGACAAGCACUGCAGUGAGGGAUAUCGCCAGAACAGGAAGGGCUGCUCCAUCUGCAUGUGUAAAGAAAGUGGCCACUUCCCCAGCACCACUGCCCUGGCCCCGAAGCCCAUCUAUUGCCUCACUUCCAAUGGGAACAGGUACGAGGAAGGUGAUGGCUGGCACGACGGUUGCCGGGACUGCUACUGCCACUCAGGAAGGGAGAUGUGUGUGCUUAUAUCGUGCCCCGUGCCCAGCUGUUCUAGUCCUGUUGUGAGGCCUGACCAGUGUUGUCCUACAUGUGAAGACGAGUCAGGCAGCGGUCAGCCAGAAGGGAUGGACAUGGUGGUGUGCAGAGCACCUGGGGGGGAGUUUUAUGUAGAGGGGGAGACAUGGAACCUGGAUGACUGCACGAGAUGCACCUGCAGGAAGGGACGUGUCCUGUGCGACACUGAAGUGUGUCCCCCGGCUCUCUGCCAGACACCGAUCAGGAACAAGGACACCUGUUGCCACAUAUGCGAAGAGGAGACGCUGAGCCCCUUACUGCCUGUGAACAAAAGCCAGCAGGAGUACUGCAUAACCAGCGAUGGAGACGUUCUACUGGCUGGGGACUCCUGGAAGGCCAACGCCUGCACCAGCUGCACCUGCAACAACGGCACCAUUCAGUGUUUCUCUCAGCACUGUCCCGCUGCCAACUGCAGGGUGCCUGUGUUACGCAAGGGCCAGUGCUGCCCACACUGUCUCGGUGAGUAUUUAGAAGUUACAACGUCAGUGCCGGUGAUCUUGUCCACCAAUGGCCCAAAGACAACAACCCCUACUACAGUGGAGAGUAGAGUUUGGAUAACCACUGUCACUGUGCCGCCCAUCAUUGCUUAUACAGAUGAUCCAGUUUUGGGUGAGAACUACCCCAGCCAUACAGAGAUGGCCGUCAUCUACCAAUCAGCAGCCUGGAUCCUGGCAGGUCUUCUGCUAGCAAUCAUCAUCUUUCUCGUGGUGGCGUUACUGAUCAACAAGAAAAAGAAGUGGGUGCAGAUGUCCUGCUACAGUGCACCAAAGAAGACGGUGAUCCUCAAGAAGCACGUCAACAAGAACUCAGUGGUCUACAUGGAGCCCUCCAAGGAGAACAAGUUUCAGAAUGCGAAGAACGACUGCGGCAUCAUCCACUUCUCUCCAGAAAUGAGCUCCACCUGUGGGGACAAGAUGACCAUCCCCAGGGCCAAGCUGAGCAACGACUGGCGCUAAAAGAAAAAUAAACACCUCUGGAACUCUGCAGAUCAGAGCUGUCCGACACCUCCCACUCUCUCUUACUGCUGUUUCCAAGGUGAUUAGUGCAACAGUACACACACACCUUGGGUUCCGCCGCUUUGUCUUUCCACCCAUUUGUCUGUGAAACUGAGGACACUCUACAAGAGACAAAGCAAGUGACCUAUGCUUCUUUCAAUUUGUGUCCAUAUUCUUCUGUGUUUGGAUCACUGUGGUGGAGUGGGAUGCUGGGAGGUGAAUGGACGGAUGGACAUAAAAAGGACACAGCCACUCCGGGCUUUAAGACAGAGCGGGAGGCAGCCAGAGAGACUCCUCUCUCACAAUCAGACUUUGACUGUGAACAUUGUAAUAUUAUUGCUUAUUAUUGCCUCCUUUGAAAUUGAAAUUCUGAGGCCAUAAGAGGAGCAUUAAAAAGCUUUAGGAGAGGGGCUUGGGCUUGGGCUGCACCACCCUCCCUUUCUUGAGUUUAGCAGUGCUUCAUGGAUGUUAUCAUUUUCAUCAGCAGGGAGGCCAAAGGAACUGAUAAUCCAGUUGGAUCAAAUUGGGUUCAGCAGCCAAAUCAUAAAAAGUCAACAGGCUUUAUAUAGACCCACAGAUCCAAAGCCCCUGCUUUACAAUGUGUGGUUUCCAUCUUAGUUUUUGUAUAUUUCUACAGUAUUUGUACUAGUUUUAGUGUUGUUCUUGGCCACCUCUCGUUUUUAUUAUGGGUGUCUCGGCGGGGCCAGAUUGAAACAUUUUGAAGAUGCCAGUCUAAACAUUCCUGCGAUCAAGUUCAGGAAGGACACGCUUCCAAAAUAAUAGCCUUUGUUCUACCUUUAUAUGACCCGAGUCAUUCCAUUCAUAAAAGUCCUGACUACAAACAGCAAUUCUCAGAAAGAAAGAAAUUUGUGAACUCGUGCAAAACGUGUCUAUAAUACGGUAGCAAGUCACCUUCAUCUUUCCACUCUGUCUCAUCCAGAAGGACUCAGUCGUACUUCAUCAUUAUUAAAUCUGCAAAGUGUAAUGAUGUUCAUCCAGGAAGAAUGUCAUAUUAUCGAGUGCAUGACGAAUGUCUUUGAUACCAUGUCUCAUAAUUUAAUUCACAGCCAUGUGGAGCUUCUGCACACACCGAAUGUUAGUGAUUCAUUUUAAAGCCUUAAUUCUAUAGCCUUAAUGCAUAUCUUGUUUAAUUUAAUUACUGUGUAAAAACAUAUCCAGGAACUUAAAAACGGUAAUUUAUUCACCCAUUAUUAAGAUGUGCAGAUAUGUACAGCGUCACAUCUUCAAAUACAAGUGAAUUAUGUGAUGUGGAAGAGUGUAAGCGGAGCUCGCCAGUAACUCUACCCAAGGGUACACAUUACAGAGCGUGUUAAAGAGACGUAGCACUUUUCUUUGGAGCCAGUGUUUUUUUGUUUUUUUUCUUAGAAAGCUCCCUGCAGGAUUCUUGUAGGGAUAAAAUCCCUAAUCAGGGAUUUGAUAGGCAUAUUAAGCCCUCGGAGAUGUUAAACCACUCAAGUGAACACGCUGUUGCAGCUACAGGCUCUGUACCAGUGUGAUCAGUACAGAGGAGAGGAUAGAAACUGAGAAGCAUUACGAAAACAAACCUGGGUUUCAUAGGAAAAGGUUUUGGAUUGUAGUUCUCAACCCUUUGCCAAUUUCUCAAUACAAAGACCUUUCUGAUGCCAAAAUUGGUUGGAGACCAAUUUAUAUUGAAGUGUUUUAGUAUCUCUGUAGAUGUGUCUGUUUGAAUCAUGACCAUGUGCUUUAAAAUGAAGAGGCGACUGUAAAAGCUUACGCAAUUCUUUGUUCUUCUAUGUGUAAAAAAAAAGUAGUUUAAAUUAGUAGGACAGAAGAGUACCUUAUUUAUUUUUUCACAUAGCUUUAUUUAUUAAUACUAAACUAUAGUUUGAGAUUGUCUUUCUUUUUUGAAAAUGAACUUUUGGUAGCCAAAGCUGCUGUACAUUGUAGACUAUUUACCAUUUCUAUCUGCUAUAUUCUAUACAACCUUAUUUAUUUCACUGUUGCAAAACCUGUAAAUAUGUUUCCUAGAUGAACUGUAACAUUUACACUUAUUUUGAAAAAUAAAUGUGUGAACCAAA